ACAAAUGACAAUACACCAACUCAUAUGUCUAUGUUCGCCUACCAAUAAUCCGAAUUUCAACCUAAUUACAGAGUGAUCAAAUAUUAUUGAUUACGUGCUAAUAAUUAUAAUAUUCGUUUAUUAUUAUAAUAAUUUAUAUAGAUUGGGAUUUUAGUAUGUUGUGCAAAAAAUAAUCAACUUGAAAUGAUUUAAACGCUAACAGAACUAUUAAUAUUAUUUAUUAUCAACUAGUAUAUAAAAAUGAAAAGUGUUUGCUUACUUGUUAUAAGUGCAGUAGGAGUCUUGAGCAUAGAACAUGACUUCAAAGGUUUUGACGAUAGUAUAUUAUUUGGAAUAAAUUGGCCAGGAGUUCAAGAUACUCUUCCGAAGUUAGAGGAUGGAUCUGCGAAUAGAGAAGUAUUAAAAGUUACAACAUCACAUCACGAAAAAUAUGAAUGUCGCUUGCCUGAACUGCAUGAAAAGGAAACAACAAAUAUUGAAGAAUAUGAUGGACCUUCCCCAAUAAAUCUUUUGAAGCCACUGUUCACUCAAAAGAUAUGCUCAUACAGGCUCGAAAGCUACUGGAGCUAUGAAGUGUGCCAUGGGCGUUAUAUACGACAGUAUCAUGAAGAGAGGGAAGGUAAAAAUGUUAAGACUCAAGAGUAUUCCUUGGGUCAUUGGAGUGCAGAUAGACAAGCAAAACUAGAGGCUGAUUUAAAGGCAGCACAAGAUAACAAGGUGAAACUUAAAACAACUAAAGUAGAAGGAAUGAGUUUGCCUUAUAUUGAAAUGGCUAUGGAUGAAGGCACUUUAUGCGAUUUGAGUGGUAAACCACGACUGACAAGGGUUCUGUAUGUUUGCUAUACACAUAGCAAGCAUGAGAUUUACUCAUUUAAAGAGACUGCCACAUGUGAAUAUGAAAUAAUUAUUCUAUCACCGUUAUUGUGUGAACAUCCACUAUACAAGCAGAAGGAUGUCAGUGAAAAUAUUAUUGACUGCAUACCCAUUGAUGGUGCACCAAAGAAACCUAGGAAUUUAUUGAAGAGUGAAGUAGAAAGCUUAAGGUUCAACCAUCAGACGAUAAAACUAAUGAAUAAUGAUAAGGAAGCUAGGGAUGUACUUGCUGUUUUGAAAGUUGAAAAAAUUGAUAAGGAUGGUGAAACUCAUUUGAAAUUAGAAUUGCACCCAUUAAGCGAGGAAGAAGAUUUGACAGGUGACAGUAAAGCUACACCAUUGCUUGAGAAACCACAGCCAGUUACAGAUGACUCGCCAGUUCGCGCGUUUUUAAAUGGAGAAAAUUGUUUGAAUGGAGGUACUGGUUGGUGGAAAUAUGAGUUCUGCUAUGGUAAACACGUUGUCCAGUACCACGUGGAUCGUGCAGGUGAGAAGACAACUCUCUUGUUGGGAAAAUAUGAUGAGCAGGCGCAUCUGGACUGGAUAAAGGAGAACAGAGGGAAAGCUCCUAAACCUAUUGAUCAAAGAACAUCAGUGUCUCACUUCUAUUCUGGAGGAGAUGUUUGCGAUAAAACAAGCAAACCAAGGCAGACUGAGGUCAAAUUAAAAUGUUUAGAAAAUUCUUCAAGUCCAGCUCAAGUUUCCCUGUACCUUUUGGAACCUAGGACGUGUCAUUAUAUACUAGGUGUGGAGUCGCCACUAAUUUGUGAUAUAUUACCACUAGCUGAUGAAAACGGACUCAUAAAGUCGACGAAACUGCUCCCCGAAGUAAGAGAUAAAUCAGUGGAAAAGAAACUUGAAAACGAAGACGAUAUAAAAGAAAAGGACGUUAACAAAUUUGGUUUUGAUUAGAUUAAUAAAUCUUUAAAAAAAAUAA